UUUUCGGAGUCGAGGAGCAAAGCGUUUCAUUCUUACUAAACACAGCGCAUAAUUAUACCGGUGCAGAAACGGACAAGAUGCCAAGGCACAAUAAAAAAGCCUGUAUGCCUUCCAGAAACAAUAUGAGGAUUAACAAAGGAUUUAGAGGGAACAUGCAUCACACAAGAACGCACCAUAAUCCAGUAAAUAGAAGAAGCUUUCCUCACACAACAAGAUCCCAUCAUAGUUCAGGAAACUUGAAUCACGCAACAAGAACCCAUCCGAAAUCAGUCUUUAACACUUUUGCUCAAGGUUUUAGAGGAAACAUCAUUCAUAAAAAGAGGACAAAUCCUAAUCCAGAAAUCUCGAAUCACUCAACAAGAACCCAUCCUACAUCUGCUGUUAAAGGAAACAUCCGUCAUAAAAAGAAGACAAACUUUAAUAAAGGUGCCAAAGGAACCGUCCAUCACAAAAAGAAGACAAAUUCUAAUUCAGGUAAUGUGGGGAAAAGGCAACAGACAAAGACACAAGCAGGCCGAAGAAGAAAUCCUGAUGCAGGUCACAGGCAGAUGGCAAACAAAAAGAAAAUUAUUAUUCAAACAGGAAAAAGUCUGAAACCAGGAGACAGGAAAUCCAUGUCAGUGCUGGAGAAGCUAAAACAGAAACUGAAAGCUAAUCGAGAGCUGACUGUUCGUCCCAUAGUCCAAAAGACGGUGUUGGAGUUGCUGAAACAAAAGCUGAAAUCUAACCGAACGCUGACAGUUCGUCCCAAAGCUCAAAGCAUAAUUUCACCCACUGUGACUGUACAACCUGUUUCAGUUUCAGGAACUACAAUCCAUAAUCCUACAAAUACAAGAGCAUAUUCCUACCAGCCACAAUAUCGAGCCCAUCAUGACCAAGGAAACAUGAAACCACAUUACAGCCAACAAGUUUCCAGAAUCUCUGCAGUCUCUGCUCAGGGCCACAGAACAGACUCUUCUGGAGUUUAUCAUGAGAACAUUGCAGAAAUCACAGAUGAAAACCUUCUGUUUCUGAAGACUCAGCGACCAGAGUUAAUCGAUAAGAUAAAAAAUGUAGUCGGGAUAUUAGAUCACCUCGAGCUGUCCAGGGAAAAAGAAGCGAUCGUCCGAGCAGAGACAACGGACCAGGCCAGGAUGAGGAAACUUCUGGACUUUACAACCAGUACACAUGCUGCAAAGCGUCUGCUUCAGGUUUUGUGGAAGCAAGCAGGUGAUGUCAUGGAGGAUCUUGAAGACUACACUGAAGCUGAUGAUGAAGAUGAGGUUGUGAAUGAGGCAUGGAACGAUGCAGGGAUGAUGAGGUUGAGGAUGAGGUUGAGGAUGAUGUUGAGGAUGAGGUUGAGGCAUGAAAUUAUGCAGGGGAUAAUAUUGAGGAGGUUCUUGAGGAUAACAUGGGGCAAUGAUUGUGCAAAUAUUAAAAAACUAAAAGAAAAGAAAAUUAGCAUAAAAUUUUAACACCAAAAGUGAUUUAAAACUGAACAAUUUGGCUUUUUUAGAUUUAUAUGAUGUAUAAAUUCAAUCAAUUCUCCAUGCUUUUUAAUAUUGUUACUUAUAAUUGUUACUUGUGAUUGACAUUUUGUUUAAUAUAUAAAUAAACAUUUUCUGUAAU